CCCGGGAGCGCCGGGCGCGCGGCGCUGACAGCGGUCCCGGCGGCGGCCGAGCCCGCUUUUGUUGUCGCCGGCUCCUCGCGGCUCGGUUUUGUGUGUGGCGCGCGCGUGGCGAUUUUUCCCCGUGGUGCCUUUUUUUUAUUGCUGUGCAUUUCCCCCCCUUUUUGUUCUUCACGCCCCGUGGAGGUUUUCUGCGGCCCGGGGCUGCCGAGUAUGUUUUCUGACGGCUGACUUCACACCGGGCGGUCUGUCCGGGCGAGACCCGGGCACUGGCUCUCGCGCGCGAACUUCCUCGGGCUCCGCGGCGCCUCGGGAAAAUGGGAGCCGCGGCGAAGUUGGCGUUCGCGGUCGUGCUCAUCUCCUGCUCCUCAGGCGCUAUACUUGGCAGAUCCGAAACUCAGGAGUGUCUUUUCUUUAAUGCUAAUUGGGAAAGAGACAGAACCAAUCAAACUGGCGUGGAGCCCUGUUAUGGUGACAAAGAUAAACGGCGACAUUGUUUUGCUACCUGGAAGAAUAUUUCUGGUUCCAUUGAAAUAGUGAAACAAGGUUGUUGGCUGGAUGAUAUCAACUGCUAUGACAGGACUGAUUGUAUAGAAAAAAAAGACAGCCCUGAAGUAUAUUUUUGUUGCUGUGAAGGCAAUAUGUGUAAUGAAAAAUUUUCUUAUUUUCCAGAGAUGGAAGUCACACAGCCCACUUCAAAUCCAGUCACACCUAAGGCACCGUAUUACAACAUCCUGCUCUAUUCCUUGGUGCCGCUUAUGCUGAUCGCAGGGGUUGUGAUUUGCGCAUUUUGGGUGUACAGGCAUCACAAGAUGGCCUACCCUCCUGUACUCGUUCCAACUCAGGACCCAGGACCACCCCCACCCUCUCCAUUACUAGGUUUGAAGCCGCUGCAGUUGCUGGAAGUGAAAGCAAGGGGAAGAUUCGGCUGUGUCUGGAAAGCGCAGUUGCUGAACGAGUAUGUGGCUGUCAAAAUAUUUCCAAUACAGGACAAACAGUCAUGGCAAAAUGAGUAUGAAGUCUACAGCCUGCCUGGAAUGAAGCAUGAGAACAUACUACAGUUUAUUGGUGCAGAAAAACGAGGCACCAGUGUUGAUGUGGAUCUUUGGCUGAUUACAGCAUUCCAUGAAAAGGGUUCACUGUCGGACUUUCUUAAGGCUAAUGUGGUCUCCUGGAACGAACUGUGCCACAUUGCAGAAACUAUGGCUAGAGGAUUGGCCUAUUUACACGAAGAUAUACCUGGCCUGAAGGAUGGCCACAAACCUGCAAUAUCUCACAGGGACAUCAAAAGUAAAAAUGUGUUGUUGAAAAACAAUCUGACAGCUUGUAUUGCUGACUUCGGGUUGGCAUUAAAGUUUGAGGCUGGCAAGUCUGCAGGUGAUACCCAUGGACAGGUUGGUACUCGGAGAUAUAUGGCCCCAGAGGUAUUAGAGGGUGCUAUAAACUUCCAGAGGGAUGCGUUUUUGAGGAUAGAUAUGUAUGCUAUGGGAUUAGUCCUGUGGGAACUGGCUUCGCGCUGCACUGCUGCAGAUGGACCUGUAGAUGAGUACAUGUUGCCAUUUGAAGAGGAAAUUGGCCAGCACCCAUCUCUUGAAGACAUGCAGGAAGUUGUUGUGCAUAAAAAAAAGCGGCCCGUUUUAAGAGAUUAUUGGCAGAAGCAUGCUGGAAUGGCAAUGCUUUGUGAAACGAUAGAAGAAUGUUGGGAUCACGAUGCAGAAGCCAGGUUAUCAGCUGGAUGUGUAGGUGAAAGAAUUACGCAGAUGCAAAGACUCACAAAUAUCAUUACCACAGAGGACAUUGUAACAGUGGUCACGAUGGUGACCAAUGUUGACUUUCCUCCCAAAGAAUCUAGUCUAUGAUGGUUGCACCAUCUGCACACACUGAGAUGGGACUCUGAACUGGAGCUGCUGAGCUAACGAAACUGCGUAGUGUACCUUCGCUGUGAGAUGGGUGGGACGCCUCCUGGGAACCGCAGGAAGCAGCCCCUUGGUGGGAGUGUGGCGCCGGGAGACCUCCUGCAUUGCCUGCGGCGCACACGUGAAGGACGCGAGACCGACAGGAACCUUGCAGACUCUGUAGAGAAACUUUGGAAAACUGUGUACAUGAAGAAUGUGGCCCUUUCCAAAUCGAGGAUCUUUUGGACCUGGCUAAUCGAGUGUGAGAGCUGACAUCAGAUUUCUUAAUGUCUGUCAGAAGACACUAAUUCCUUAAAUGAACUACUGCUAUUUUUUUUUAAAUCAAAAACUUUUCAUUUCAGAUUUUAAAAGGGUAACUUGUUUUUAUUGCAUUUGCUGUUGUUGUUUCUAUAAAUUACUAUUGUAAUGCCAAUAUGACACAGCUUGUGAAUGUUUAGUGUGCUGCUGUUCUGUGUCCAUAAACGAAGUCAUCGAAGUGGGGUGCAGUGAAGAGGCUUCCAAGCGUUACUUUCACCUCCCUCCCAACAAGGUAUACCUCAGUUCCACGCUUGCUAAAUUACGAAACUGAAAACACUAAUGAAUUUGAAUAAAUCGAUCCGUGUUUUGUAACAAGGUAUUACACAUCCACUGUGUUAUUUAAGAGAAAGGGCGAGCUGCGCUCAGUGCCCAGUCAGUGGCCGUUCGCGCGGCAGUGUCCGGCUCUCCUUGUGCCGGCUGUGGUUCAAGGAGACGUGCUUUUGUGAAAUGCAAAAGCAUACGGUGUAGUUUCCCCCGUAUCUACGUGUUUUUAAAGCUUCAUCUUAUAUGCAGAUCUCAAAAUAUUGCAUACUUACUUCUUUUUAGACGUGCUGUGUUUGGGGAAUAUUUAAAAACUUAAAGCAUGAUUUCAGUUUUUUAAGUGAGCUGUGACACUGGAAAGCUCUUCAUUUUAUCUUUUUAAAUACUUUUUUCCUAUUUAUAUAUGUAAAAUUUUAGUGUAUUUCUUUUCACCGAACAGUGUGCGGGACAUUCUUUAUCACUGUUUUAGGGUCACCUCAGGAAGUGUUCACCCAGAAUUCCUCACUGCCUGUGUUGAGAUUUGUAACUUUUAUCACUCUACUUCGCCUGGUGCCAUCUUGUGAGAGUAGUAUUUGAUGCCUGGGCUUUGUAAAGAAUUAUCGUAGCAUAGUGACUUAACCUUUAAGCACAGAUUCAGAUGUUACUGCUUUCAGACAAGUCAGGGUAACAAGUUAAAGUGACAGUUUCAAAUAUGCAAUGUCGAUACAGGAAACACAGCCUGGUUUCUUCCCCAAAUUGCUUUCACAAGCGACUUCGAUAUUCAUUUAGGACAGUUCAUGCCUUAUCCCUGCUAAGAAAAUGGAAUUGACGGUGGCUGCCAAAGUGCUUUUUAAAACAGUAUUGCAUGAGAAUAUAACUGGAUUCUUCCUCAAAUUUAUGCAGGCCAAAGUACAGUAAGACGUUAACUUCCUGGAUUUUUACAUUACUCACCAGUCAAUAGCUAGUAUUAUACUUUAUACUUUCUUGUCAGGUCAUUUGAAAAUCCAUGCGUUAAUUUCGUAAUUUAUGUCACUAUCAAGCGCUCACUGCGAACGUGUUGUAUUCAAAUGGUGAUUUAACCCCACAGUACACUACACUGUACAUAUAAUAUGUACUUCGUCUCUGGGAAGAAUUGUUAUUUAUAAACAAUACAUAGGUCAACAGACUCCAAGCAGGGAGGUAAAUGAGAAGAAAUAGCAUUCUUGUCUGCGUGCCGCAUACCACACAGAAGCGUUUGUGCUCUUGGUCGUGUAUGUACCCAAGGUCUUGUUGUAGUCCUGAGAAUUUCCAUUUCAGUGUUUCGCACUUUUAUUUCAAGAAGUACUCAGUUCCUCUAUUUCUUGAUUGAGUGUUGCUUCCCUUUGGAAACUAAUCCAGGGCAAAAUAGAGAAUGUGUGUACAGGAAGAUUGUUAAUCUCCUGCAGACAGAUUUCUACCUGUAAUAAACACUUAACCCUCUUAAAAAUUGAAACAAAAAUAAAUGAGGGACGUUAUGGUGAACGUUUGGCUGAGAGCACUAGAGAAAAGUUUUCUAAGACCAGUUAUUCACGGUAUAAAAUGUUUUGUCUUCAUAUUAAGAAACAUUUUUAGAAAUCCUGGGUAUUGUACUUAACUCUGGCUAACCAAUUUAAAAACUUGUAUCCUUUUGAGAACUUCAUUAAUAGAGAAGUCUUUUCUAAGCAGUAAAAUAAUGUUCCAGUGACUACCUGUUCUGAUACCUAGUCUUGUUAAAACUUUCUUUUGCAGGGCAUCUUAGUAUUUGGUUUACAGUCAGUGCAGAGUGGGCAGGUUAACUCGAAGUCUGAGCUAGGGCUACUGGAGAAAAGAUCAAAGACUGAGCAGAACGGUGAUUUCUUUGUUUCGGGGAAACAGACCCGGGCAACUUUUCCUCAUGUGUAUGGUGCUCCUCAUGACCUGUCUUGUACUUCGCCUUGCUGAUACCCAUCAGAACUGCUGCUCUUACAUUUUCUACCUUGCCCAGAUCUCCCAUGUUACGAGAUGCUUUACGAUCAACUGCCACAGGACUGAUGGAUUAACUAGUUCGGCUUUAUUCAAAGUCCAUGCCCUGCACAGAUCUUCUACGUAUUUAGAUGCUAGGAAGUUUUUAGCAUGUGAUGUGUGAUUCUUGUUUGAAUGUUUAUUACAGGUACCUUGUGAAUUCCAGAAGAGACUGUGCCUCACAGUGGUUGGUCCCAUGAACUUGUACUAUCUUUUAUGUGAUAUUUUGAAAAUACAAUCAGGAGAAAACCCGACUUCUUUGGGAUUUAAAAAUAAUCUUAUCACAAAAUUCUGAAAAGUCUCUUCCACCCCCUGCUCACUCCUGAGUAAGUUACAUUUACCUAAAAUGCAAGUGGUCGGGAAAACCACUGGCCAGAUGGCAGUUUAGUGGAAUAAACUGAUUACUAUUUUUUUAAAAAAUGCUUCAUCACAGGUAUUUUCCAGUUUCUCUUUUUUACUUUUUUGAAAAAUUACUUUUUAGGAACAUUUGGUAUAAUGUGCAUAAAAUUAUUUACAAUUUAUGGGCAAAAUGAUACAAGUAGCAUCUUGAUUGAACAUCAUUUACCUCAGAUAUUCAACCAGCAGUACAUUUUUUAUGCAGUCUCAACCCAUAUCCUAUUUGUUACCUCUCAAGAUAUUGGUAAGCAGUUAUUUUAGCUUUACUCUGUAUUUCCUGUCAGUGUUUUGGGCAUAGAUUGUUGUACUACUGUCAAAUCGUACUUGCUAUUUUUUUUCUGCAAGUAUUUAACAGAAAGCUAAAAAAAAAAAACAAAAAAAAAAAACAAAAAAACCCAUGAGACCCCACCUUGGAUAAGUGAUUGUUAAAUACUGUAUAAAUACAAUGUAUGCUAUCCCCAUUCCAUCCCCAAGUUAAAUAAAAAAUGAAUAUGGUA